AUGAUCGUCAAUGUGAAAGCAAAGCAUCCCCGCUUCUUCCUCUUCUCCUUCGAUACGUGCCUCCGGAGGGACUGCGUGGCAGAGAUAAGACCCGGCAUUACUAGUUCGAGAGGGACAGGCAUAGGCAGAAAGGAGGCGCCAGGGACGCUCAGUAGAGGGAGCUCAAUAGGGGGAAGCAGGCAGGAGGCUCUUGUCUAUGAAGAAGCAGGGUUGCUAAUGAGGGAGGUCGCCGUAAAUCUGCCCUCAGGAGAGGUGCUAGGUUACGCUGGUCCAAAAUAUAGAGUAGGUGCUGCCUUACUGUCGGCACAAAUCUGCCCUCUCUACCUUAAGCAAACUGGUCUAAAAUAA